GAAGUGGUCCCGUGACGUCACACCCUCAGUCACUCACUGAGCUGGUGAGAGCAGCGGACUUCAGCUGCAGUUUAUGAACUUUAUUUCAUUUCGUAACAAAUCCAUCCUCAGUACAGACGAACCAUGGCGCAAGGGCUCAAAGAGCGCUUCGAGAAGUUCCUUCACGAGAAGAAUCUUCUGACGGACGUGUUGGCGACAAUCGAGGCGCGGACCGGAGUGAACCGAUCCUACAUCGCAUACGUUGUCCUAGCGCUGCUCGCAGUCUAUCUGGUGAUCGGAUACGGUGCGUCUCUGCUCUGUAAUCUCAUCGGAUUCGUCUAUCCUGCCUACAUAUCAAUCAAAGCCAUUGAGAGCGCAACCAAAGAGGACGACACCAAAUGGCUGACCUACUGGGUGGUGUACGGCGUGUUCAGCGUCGCAGAGUUCUUCGCUGACAUUUUCUUCUCCUGGUUCCCUUUCUACUUCUUGGGAAAGUGUGUUUUCUUGGUUUGGUGCAUGGCUCCCACUUCAUCAAACGGCUCCGUUCUGAUCUACACAAGGAUCAUCCGGCCCUUCUUCUUAAAGAACGAAGCCAGGAUCGACAAUGUGAUGAAAGACAUUAAAGAUAAAGCAUCAGAGGCGGCGGACAAGUUUAAAGAUGAAGCCAAGAAAGCCACUGCCAACAUUAUAUUUGAGGAGAAAAAGACCUACUAAAACCUACAGCCAUUUCAGCUGCUUCCUGUCCUACAGGAUGACACUCGCCUGAAUAAAUGUUGCCUUUAUAUGCUCUUUUUCUCAAAAUGACUGGAAGUGGGCAGUUGUUGUUACUCCUUUAGCCUGUUUUUAAACCUGUGGCAGCUGUAUUAAUUACAUCAGGUUUACAUCAGAUCAUGUUACAAGAUAUCCAGUGACGCUCAUCCUGCAAUGCUUCAGUCUCAGUAAACUCCCUUAUCUUUCCUAUAGACAGCAUGAGCCUUUGGCUUCUAUUAGAGAGUCCUAAAAUAGUUUAUCUCGCAUCUUAAGGUCAUUUAACAUUAUGCAUUAAAAGAUGUAUUUAUGUUUGUUUGUAGAAAUGCCUCUUCUGGGAACAUCAAUGGAACUGUAAGCAUAUGAAUCAUGCAUUUGAAGUCAAAUAUUAAACUAUUGGAAGACGUGG